AUGGUUGGUGGUAGAGAUAAAGCUCGCGGAGAUGAACAUGAACCUCUCGAAUCCAACAAUCCUCCAGCGCAAAGGGAUGGAGAUUCUGCUGAGAUAGCAGAAGAAGAGCUAUCAUCAUCACCGGGCCGAGACCUAUGGAGACGAGGCCUUGUGCUAGACACCGGAGACGACGAUCAAUUGAGACGAAAUGCGUCCUUAACAUCAAGCCCUUUAGCUAAAAAAGUCAACUUUUCUCCAAUGUCGAGCCCUAGAACCGGGCAACGUGGUGCAUCCCUUCCUCCUUCCUCCUCCUCCUCUCCAAGAAACAAACCCAACAGCCUGAAGAGUCUAAUCCCAAAGCUAAGCUUCAAAAACCGGAACAGCAAUAACAACAAUAACGUUGACAUCGAGAAAGCUGAGGAUCUGGCAUUUGCUUCCUCUCCUUCUUCAGGAAAUGGGAGGUACAGACCCGCGUGGACUCUUACUAACAUUUUGACUCCGAGAUUGAAGAAAACUGAGUCCUUGCCUGUAACCCCUAUAGCUCACUCAAACCCUGAGUCCACUCACGGGAGAUAUGUGGUUGAUCCGGUUACUUCCAUGAAGAAAGGGCCUCCACUGCCUAUUCACCGGUCACGCUCUGUUCCGGCAUUCAACAAAGAUGGAAGCCUAAGGCAAACAGGUGUUUUCCGGGUGAUUCCUACUCCGAACAUGACGCCGGCCAGAAACAUUACUAAUCUUAACGAUGCGAAUGUUGUUGAUGGAGGAGAAGAUGUUCCAGAAGAAGAAGCCGUGUGCAGAAUCUGCAUGGUUGAAAUGGGAGAAGAAUCAGAUGCUUUCAAGAUGGAAUGUAUGUGUAGAGGUGAAUUAGCUCUUGCUCACAAGGAAUGUACAAUCAAAUGGUUCACCAUUAAAGGAAACCGGACUUGUGAUGUGUGCAAGCAAGAGGUUCAGAAUCUCCCUGUGACCCUUCUUCGCAUGCAGAGUUCGCAGAGUCAUAUUGGAGCCGCGGGUACCGAGGCUUCUAACUACAGUGUAUGGCAGGAUGUUCCAAUUCUGGUCAUUGUAAGCAUGCUUGCAUACUUUUGUUUCCUUGAGCAGCUUCUGCUUACAAAAAUGAAAUCCGGCGCCAUUGCAAUAUCUUUACCGUUCUCUUGUGUGGUCGGUCUUCUUGCCUCGAUGACGUCAACAACAAUGGUGGAGAAGCAAUAUGUUUGGAUUUACGCUACGAUUCAGUUCGGUCUUGUUGUUUUGUUCUCUCACAUUUUCUUCACAUUGGUUCAUAUGCAACCGGUUGUGUCCAUCCUCUUAGCCACAUUGGUUGGGUUCGGACUCACCAUGAGCGGCGCAACGGGUAUAGUAGAGUUUUCAAAAUGGAUGAGAAGCCAUAGGACAGCUGAAGCUACAAGCAGUGGUCAGGUGGAUCCACCACCAAUUCAGACAACAGAUCAGAGCAUGUCUGGAUCAUGA